GUCAAGACCCCUCGAUAGAAGUUAACCUGUUUGGUCUACGUGUUGAGGCGUGGAACUGUGUUGAUUGUGCACCGUCACCAUGGUGGACCUCAAGUCUGGAACUAGUACCACCCCCUACAGCAAGGAGCAAGAGGAGAAAGUUGCCGCUAUCCUGCGAGAGAGGAAGGAGAGAAUGGAGAAGAGGGAACUGAUUAAGCAGGCCAAGAUGCUGGCCCUGCUGGAGAAGCAAGAAGCAAAGAAGAGGCAGCUGGAGGAGGAGAUGAAGAAAUGGACGAAGGAGCAGGAGGAGAAGAUGGCAGCUAUACAAGCGGAGGUGGAGAAAGAAGAAGAAGAAGAAGAAAAGCAGGUGGAAGAAGAAGUAUCAUUGAAAAGGAGAAGAGGUGGAGCCAGUACGAGUAAGGAGCAAAUUGAGAAGAUGACACAAGAGUGGCCCGCGCACUUGGAGCUGGGGCAAGAUAGGGAGGCAGAAUUGGCCAUACCCCAAGCAGAGAGAGAGGCGGCGAGAAGGGAGUUGGAAGUAGAAAGGGACCCGGUGAGGAGAAAGGCAAAAGAGGAGGAACAACAAAGGGCAUGGAAGUGGCGUUUGUCCCAAGAAAGAGUUAGGCGUUUGGAAGCGGCGGAGCGAGCAGAGGAGGACCUGAAAGCGGCAGAGACUUGGAUGGGGAAGAUCAGCGAAGAGACUGAGAUAGCCACUAAACUCGAUACCCUAACCCAAAGUCUGGAGUCUUUACUAAUUGCGCAUCGCGAGCAAACGCAAUACAUCCGCAGCUUAGAAGUAAAGAUAGACGCGAUACAUGCUGGGUUUAAAGAUUUUGCGCGUGAUAUGAUGCAGUACCUGGUGGACCAGGUCCACCUGGCAAUUAGUAAGACAAAAGAAUUCUGCAUUGGCGCCAUUGAAGGCACCAAGUUAGCAACUCCUAAGGAAAAGGAGCCGGCCCCACCACGUCGUGAGAAAGUCAAGGUCCGUUUCCCCAAACCCUUCGGUGGAAAGAAGGGGGAAGAUUUCGAUAACUGGGAGGCCAUCGUGCACUCCUAUCUCUACUUACAGGGAGUCACACCUAAGGACCACGUUUUGGUGGCCUUCCAAGCUCUGCGAGAUGAGGCAACCAGCUUUACUAGGUCGCUCGCCCGCGCUGCAAAUUGCGAGAAUGAUAUGGUCACCUAUUCUAGACUAACGCCCCUCUCCGAAUUCCUGAAAUCACUUCGAGAGAGAUUUUUCAUGUGACGCGGGGGCUCAAAGCCUCCGACAAACUCCAAACGAUACACACUCGCCAGUGGAGAGAGUGUGCAUGUGCUUAAAUCUGCUAUGGAUGAAUUGAUUGCGGUCCCUGGGCAUGGAGUAACGGAUGCCCAACUUCUUAACCUCUUCUAUCGUGCCCUGCCUGAAAAUAUUCAGGGACACUUCUUUGAGAAGAAGAAUCAGCAGGGCAUGACUUAUGAUACUCUUAGCAGGAGGCAGUAGGAUUUGCCGCCCAAGCAUCGCCAAUUACCAGGGGAAAAUGUGGAAGGGUUGCACCAUCUCUAGCCAAAUCAAGGCCAAAGUUAGUC